GUUUAUUUAUAAAUAUGUGGGUUUUAUGUCUUCUUAUCACCACUUUUGUGCAUGCAUAGAUCUAAAUAUAUGUACGUAGUCUCUAGUAAUCCCAAGCUGUCCAGCUAUUAUUAGUAUUGAGUACGCUAAUAUCGAUUUUAGUACUAGUACGUGACCUGAUAUAUUCACCAUGAAUGUCUUCAGACUAUCUCAUAUCAUUCACCGGACCCAAGUGCAACAUGUUCGGCAGAGUGUACGCAUAGCAGCAGGUGCAGCAGUGUGUUUUCCUUCAUACUCUGCAGCAAAUACCACAGCAUACAUAAAAGGAACCCGUGAGUAUAGCACAAAAACGCACGCUGAGCACAUCACCCCAGAAGAACCCUACAUCAACUGGGGCAUGUCCUGUAGCUACUUCACUCGGAAGUUAGAUGCAGCGUUCAAGUUCUAUCCAUUCCAAUACGAGUUCAAAUCCAAAACUCUCCGACAAACUAACAGGCUGGAGAAAGAAUCUGGCACCCACCGCAUACCUGUUGUGCAAACAAGCCAAGGCAAGCUCAUGGCGGAUACUACUGUGAUCAUGGAUCACCUGGAUACGAUUCUCGUAAAGGAGGGAAUGCCCGACCGACAGAUGUAUGGGAACAACAUGAAUGGAGUGGUUAUUCAUGUGCUCGAGGAAUAUUUUGAUGAAUGGUUUCCAAGGCAUGCGUUGCUUUGGCGAUGGACAGAUGAAGAGACCACAGUGUACAAUCAAAAGAAAAUGGGCAAGGAACUGUUACCUGCCUUCUGGGAAAUGCCAUUUCGUGGAUUUGUAGGAAAGAAGAUCAGUAGAUGGGGUGUGCGUGCAAUGAGAGCGACGGGUCUAGAGUUCAAACAGCAACAGCUGGAUGGCAGGGAAGAGUCUCUACGCGUUUUUGCCAUGAUGGACAAGCAACUGCGUCAGACACCCUUUCUGCUGGGACAUCACCCCUGCGCAGUAGACUGUGUGGUGUUAGGGGGAAUGUGGGGACACUUUGCCAAUGACCCGGCACCGAAGAAAGCGUUGAAGGAAGCUGGUUUAGACCGUCUGCUCGAAUGGGGUGAUGAAAACUACCAGCAUCCUCCGCCCGAGGAAUGGCGCCCACUCACCAAGCCGCAAGAUGCCAUAUUUGCAUGCGAUCUGCUGACGGAGAUGACCGAGGGACCCUUCAGGGAGUGGACACUACUUAACAUGGCAGCAUUGAGUCGGAGCGAGAAAUCAUUUACAAUGAGAUGCUACAGUUCAGAGACUUCCUUCUUGGCCCGUUCUGAAUCUGAGAAGGCUAGGCGGCGAAUUAGAGAUCGUGUGCGUGGCUUGAGAGGAUUUUCGGCUGAAGAGCACAAGAAGACUGUGGAUUGGCUGGACAGCUGGGGUCUACUUGAACUGUACGGUGGUAACGAGUAAAACAAUAGGGCUAACCCGCUGGUGUGAAUGGACAAAUCUGGCGUGCUAUGCGUUGUCGGCUAUGAGUUGUAUACGUACUUGCCAAUUCUGGAAAUAGAUUACUACUCCGUUCUAUGUAUUACGCAUCUAUAUAUUAAACAUUAAUCGUAUGAGACUUGACAAGUAGAAUGCGUUGUCUGCAGAUAUUGUGCAAGUCCUCUGAACAUGCCCUGUAGCUAUGAACCGACAUGAAAAGUGGUCUGUAUAUUAAUGCUACAUACUACUAAAAUACGCUAAAUUAAAAAAAUGUGUAAAAUUAAG